GUGGCGGCUGAUCUGGGUCCGCACCUUUUCCGGUAACACAGCAGCACCCGCCACCGCUGUGACUGAACGGCUGGAGAGAGAGAGAGGGAGGAAGAGAGACAGAGAGCGGCAAGAGAGGGGAGAAACGGCCGGGGGAACCGGGGGAUGAUUGCCGCAGACGGGGAACGAGAAGAGAAGAAAGUCGGAUGAAUCAAUGACCUUUUUGAGACGCUCUUCCUCUGGAUGUCCCGGUGCAAGAAACGGACCCGGAGAGCUCCUGUCUGUGAGGGUGUGUUUGUUUUUUGAUGAGAAAACCACUGUGCUUUGAAAUCCAUCGACUGGAAUUGGUGUAAGGGCAAGUGUUGAACAGCCGGCAGACAAGGAGGAAGUGGGAACCCCGGGCUUUGGACAGGGCCUGGUCUAUAUAGGAGGCUUUUUUGUAACAAAAAAAUAAAAAAACUCUCAAGUCAACUGAGAGUGAGGGGAUUUUUAACAGAGAAGAAGGACAAUGCAAUGUGGAUUUUGAAGGAAGUCUGUGUUUGAAACAAGGGGAUGUAAUUUUUUCUUCCUACAUUGGAGGGCAGUGGAUCAUGAAAAUAUAUCCCCACCCAAUCCUGCGAGGGCUACACACAUACUGCUCCUAUUGAAAGUCACCUCUCAGGUUAGACCAUCAUAGUCCAGCUAAUUGUACUGGUCCAACUUGAAAGUCACCGCCUUUUGACUAUUGACGCUCGUGUCAGUCCAUCAUCACGUGGAGGGGCUCCUCAGCACACACUGAUAACUUUGUAUUGAAAACACAACUUUUCUCCCCAUAAGAGAAGUCUUUUUAUUCUAACAAAGUAUUUAUGCACAUCAAACAAGAUGGGGAAUGUGAUCUCAAAGAUCUUUGGCAGCAAGGAGAUGAGAAUAUUGAUGCUUGGACUUGACGCUGCCGGUAAAACCACCAUCCUGUACAAGCUGAAGCUGGGACAGUCGGUCACCACCAUCCCCACCGUCGGCUUCAACGUGGAGACCGUCACCUAUAAGAAUGUGAAGUUCAACGUGUGGGAUGUUGGAGGGCAGGACAAGAUCCGGCCGCUCUGGAGACAUUACUACACGGGCACCCAGGGCCUCAUUUUCGUGGUGGACUGCGCCGACAGGGACAGGAUCGACGAGGCCAAGCAGGAGCUCCACCGGAUCAUCAACGACCGGGAGAUGAGGGACGCCAUCAUCCUGAUCUUCGCCAACAAACAGGACCUCCCGGACGCCAUGAAGCCCCACGAGAUCCAGGAGAAGCUGGGCCUGACCCGGAUCAGGGAUAGGAAUUGGUACGUUCAGCCCUCGUGUGCGACAACAGGGGAUGGACUAUACGAGGGCCUGACCUGGCUUACCUCAAAUUACAAAUCUUAAUGUUCACCAGCCUGGACACUUGGGAGGCGACAAAAGUAGCUGAGAAUGAUGAGUUUGAAAAAACAUGCAAUCUGAAGCAAUUAAUACAUGACCUCUCUGCUGAGUGUAUAUCAAAGAGAGUAGCAAUUAUAUUUUGUUUCAUUUUUUUUGAUAAUUACUUCAAUAUAACCCCAGAUUUCAUUAAAACAAAUUUAUUUUUUGUUUUCUAGUUUGCUUUGGUUCACAUUCUGUAUAAUCAGUACUGUUUUAAAUAUACAAUACGCUUACUUUUAAGCUUUUAUUUUCCUCCUUUUUUUGUAUAAUUUCUUUUAAGGGGACUUUGGGUAUAUACUUUUUCGCCCCUGCUUAGCUCUCAUUCAGUAUUCUCAUGACCCAGCUACAUAUCCAAAGGAUGGGAAAGUUCCAGAAAAACCAUCGCCUACAUCAGCAUAUCACUUUCAUGGCGAUAAAACUUCCUAAUGUAAUUUGUAAGAAUGUGUAUUAUGGAUGUGUUAGGACCUCAAAAAAUAGCUGUUUUCAUAUUUUGAUUGUACUGGGGAUGAGGAAAUGUGUUCGUACUGAUUUCAUGUGCCGUGAUCGCGUCCAUCAUGUCUACUGUGGCGGUUUUUGUUUCAAAGACACUAUGUGGACGCUAGAUAUUCACACACACACACACACACUGUGAUUAUGGAUAUAUAUUUUUGUUGUUUCAAGGUCUGAAUCUGUUACCACCAGUCUUAUUACCGCCUCUUUUGUUUCUCCCAGAGCUUCCAUUACUGUGGAGUAUUUGUAGUUUCAGCUGCCUUAGGAAGGGACACGGGUUACAGGUGUCCCAAAAUCACGACAGAAGGUGUUCUCAAAUGCUGAGUUUGCACUUUGGGACAGGGGGUGGUUACCAACGAGCUGGCUGUGCACAUUUAGAUUGUCUGUGACUGACUUUUGGACCCCAGCAAGUGUUUUUACGAAAUCCCCAACCCCCCAAUGUAGGUGCUUCAGUGACUGCAACUCUCCUCUUCUUCAUCAUCAUUUGCCUGAAAUACACUCAAGGUCCUGCAGACACACACUCUUGUUAAUACUUCAUAGCUCUGUUUUAUUUUUGUUCCCUUUGCUAUGCUGAUGAAAUAAUAAAAAAAAUAUAUCCAGAUCA